AUGUUCAAAACUGCCGUCGGCUACUUUUUCCUUCAAUUAUCGAUCAUCGGACUUGUCGUUAACUUUUGUGUUCUUAUUCCGUUGACUCGAGUUAUGAAAAAAGGAGAUAAAAAUUGUGUUUAUCUGAUAGCAAUAAUCACAAUCCUUAAUGAUACUAUCAACUCAUUGGUUAACUGUCUUUACUUUGCACCAACAAUUAUUUCAAGUAGUUACAUCCUGGCGGACUCUCCAUCUUCCCCUGGUCCAUUGUUAAUGUCCAGUAUUGCUCGUUUUUCUUGGUACAAUGGAAUCUUUGUCAUGAUUCUAAUGGUAAUCAAUCGUCUUAAUUUCUUCGUAUUCAACAAAACGAAUAUGUUCACAAGACAACGAGUUAUUAUCUUUUUCAUUAUAUCUUCUUUGCUUUCUUUCUCUAAAGUUGUAAUUGACAUAUUCGUUACUCCGUGUUGUUUAGUACUGAUGGAUCACGAAAAAUUUGGAUUCACAGUUCUUAAUCCUAAAAAUGAAACAGAUUGGACUGAUAUGGUCGAUUCUCCGAUUGAGAUUACUGUAUUUUCAGUGAGUGCUAUAAGCUAUAUUGUGGUUUUCGUAAAAAUUCGAACAGAAGCAGGCAACGUUGAACAGUCAAUGGAUUCAAAAGAACAGAAGAAGAUAAGAGCUCAGGAACGUUCAGUGGCAGUUCAGUUCGCAUUUAUUUCUGUAUUCUUAAUGCUCAGCUAUGCUUCUCUGAAACUUACUCCCAUUAUAUUCGGGGAUUCUCACAUCGAAGCGAAUAUGAUUUCUCCAGUUUGUUUUGCAUUGAACUGUUGUGCAAAUGGAUGUAUUUUCAUGUUCAUGAAUGAAGAGGUGAAAGAAGAUUUACUUAAAAAGAUAUUCAAGAACAACACGGUUCAUUCUGAAGGUGGUGGACAUGCUAAUGGAGUUCGGUUCGAGCAACCUGAGCUUAUGAUAUAA